CAGCCACGACACAAUUAAUCGACCGGUUGUGGGAAUGUGGGUGUGUGGAUAUCCAUGGGUCGCAUAUAACUAAAGCCGAAUGCAACCCAACCCAUUGAACAGUGCAACGGGUUUCAACCCAAACAGUCUUACAAUUCGUCAACGUGAGUUUUACCCACUUUGAUCAGGUUGGAUCGGAUAAGGUAUCCGUGGAUUCGAAUGUUGUUGCCAUCUCUAAAAAGGAGGCGGGAGAUGGUACUUUAAAAAGUCCAAUUCAACUAUCUCCGGGCCCAAAUGAAGCCCAAUUAAAACACAAAGGAAAGCCGGAAGAACUGAAUUUUUCCCUGAAGCGAAGAAAUUGAAUCAAGGAAGAGCAACCGGAGAAGUUGAGAGUUCAGCGAUAGUCGAGAGAGAAAGAGGGAGCAGCCAUGGAAGGUAGCAGCAGCAGCAGCAGAAGCGACGAGGAUUUCGCAGUGGGCUGUAUGCUCUCCAUCAAAACCACUUUGGGCGACGAAUUCGACGGCCAAGUCGUCACCUUCGACCGCCCAUCCAACAUCCUCGUCCUUCAUAUCCUUCUCUCCCAACCAUCCUUCAUUUCCUGCUCUGCCUUUUCUUCUCACCCAUGCUGAGUAUCUGUUGAAACCCUCUGUGCUCUGGAUUCCUUAACUGUGUUGUUUUGAUUCUCACAAGAGGGAUCGAAACUUGGGCCGAGGAGGAACAUACGGUUCCUGAAGACGAAUUACAUCAAGGAGUUCUCUUUCCUAGGGCAAUCAGAAGACCCACUUGACUUCAAGAAGUGUUAUAUAGAUCUCCAGAGCCUCCAAGCUCGUGAGGAGUUGGCUUUGAGGUAAAUAUGCCUUCUUUUGUUCGUCUAGCUUAGGGAUUUCGAUGGGUCUUGCUAUUGAAUUUCUCACUUCUGUUAUUAUGUGAAUUUUGCAGGCAAGCGGAAGCAGAUGCCCAGAGGAUUGGAGUUGGUGUCACUACUCAGGCUCAGGGAAUCUUUGACGCCUUGUUUAAGACGUAUGCUCAUUUUUACAUCAUCCAUUUUGAUUGUGGUCGUGCAACUGUCAUGAAUUCUACUUUCAAUGAUAAUCAGUAGGUUCAGAUAUUGGAUGUAUGCUGGUAGUCUUAGAGUGUCCCGUUCUUUUUGAUGUUUUGAUGAAUGAUCUUCAUUUUGGGGUUGAAUGAGGAGUGACUUAGACAGAAUGGAAGUGAUUCGAAUUCUAGUGUUGGUGUUUUCUGCUUUGAGAUGACUUAUUCACUUCGACGCCAGUGUCUCUGGGUGGCUAAGGGCCGUUUACCAGUAUUCUUCACAGUCCUGUACUUGUCCUUCUAUGUAUGUGCAUGGUUAUUAGGCCUCAUGUUUGCGAGUGUGUUGUUUGAAUUAGCUCCUAAAUGGUUUUGUUUGUAGACUCGAAGAUGCUUCCUUUCACUUUUGUAGUCUCGCUUUCUUAACUAAAAAGAGGCUUCUGUUGAAGAUGACUAGUUUUACUGCUGAUUCUGAUGUAAAAUAAACCAGGCUUCCGGUCCGCUGGGACAAGACUUCUAUAGUUGUUAUGAAUGAAGUGCGCGUCAGUAGCCCUUAUCUCCCUGAAAAUGUUAUUGGAGGAACUCCUGCUGCCAAUGACCGAGUGAAAAAAGUGGUAAGCAUCUCACGAUUCGACUUCUGUUCUUGACAUUGUUUGCCGAGUUAUUUGCUUUGGUUACCUUUGCCUUUAUUUCAGCUCGAGUUGGAGAGGAGAAGGUUGCAAACUCGUGGCCCUGGCCCGUGACGUUCAAAUUUUUGGGAUCCCAUGCAAUUUCUUCGAUAGGCUGCCCAGAUGAGCAAUGAAAUGCAGCGUGGCUCGUCCCUACAGUCUGUGUGAGCAAGCAUAUUUCAGCAACCUCCCUAACUGUGAUCCAUAGUGAGGUCUGUUGACCUGAGGAAUCUGGUUUUGGGAUAGAUCUUAAUUUAGCUGCUACCUUUUAGUCAGUAGGUCAUUUAGCACUUCAAUUUUUGACAAUCAUACUACUGAAGCAACUGGGGAUCUACCAUUGUUGAGUUUAUCAUGAGUCUGAUUUUGGUGCGCUCUUUAGAGGUUGUAUUGUGUGUGAUGGUCAAGUAAAAAGAUUUAUCGAACUGCUGAGGGGUUCCAUCUUUUCCAAAGAGGUUCAUUUCAUUUUUCAUGGUUUCCAGGUAAGUUUGUAGGGUUUGAAUUGAACCACCAAUUUACCACCCGACCCAGAAAAACAGAAACUCUUCAACCAAAAAAAACUUGUGAACAAGUGGACGCAAAAAGCACAACCGGUUUGGUCCGCCAUAAUAGAUCAGACCUGUGAUAAGGGAUGGUCUUGAAUACCCUUCCCCAUUAAGAACUUUGGAUGACGAAUUGGAGAAGACAAUUAGGCAACACACUGCCGCGAGCUCUCUCUCUCUCUUUCGAACUCAAAAUUUUCCUGUUUUUGCUCCAUUUCUUAAAUUUUCCUGUUUUUGCUCCAUUUCUUCUACAUAGAAGAUGUCCAGGUCAGUACACAUGCUAACCCUAGGUGAAGAUAAACUUGAAGUAAAAGCCUAUAAGUACAUCUCUUCGCACUCAAAAUUCACUAUCAUUGUGUAUUAUUUUUUCUCUGUGUGACUAGAACACCCUUGUUGUUUAGUAUUGUCAAACCUAGAGUUGUUCAACUAUUGAUAUUAUGAUUUGAUUAUUAUACUUUAUUGAGUUUUUUUCUUCAAUCUCGUUAUUCUUGCUUAAAUUUGUGGUUUUUUCCUAGUAUUAAUCCAAGAGAGAAAUCUGUGAUUGAUCAUUGAUUUUAAUAAGUAUGACACGAAGUUGCAAUUACGAGUAAAACCAAGCCAAUCUCGACAAAAAAAGAGAGUAAAAGCAAUCAACUGGUAGUCUGGUAGAGAUUGCCUCUUCGUGAAGUAAGCCUAAGUUGAGGCAUCACUAUUAAAUUAGAAAGAGAAAAAUUCUCCCAUCGCGUCCUUAACCGGUGUUCGAGUUUUUUGAACUCCUUAUGCCACUAAAGUUGCUAAGGUCUUUGAUUAAGGUUACGAAUUUGCUCUUCCUACUCUCAUGGAACCUCGAAAUAGAGAAUGUAACACUACACCUCAGGAUAGAGAUUCAAACACGAACCACCGAUGCAAGAAACUACAUGUCUUACC